UUAAAAUAAGCCAUAAGCAAUAAGCCUGUGUCAUCUAGAGGAAUUUUAUGAAAACUAUUUUAAAUAAAUUAAACGUGUGGAAAUUUGUAGUGCAGAAACCGAAAUCGACUAAUAGAUUAAUCAGCUACUUUGCAUCUAAAAUGGGGAAAACAAUUCCAGAUAGAUGGCUAGACUACUCUAAAAUUGGGAAUUUAGUUGAAGGAACUGCUUUUGUACCUUUUAAAGUGCCAUUACAUCAGAGAAUUUGUGAAAAUAUGCCAGAAAGAGCAAGGCACACAACACGUGAUAUAAUAGAAGCCUUGCCAAAUGUUGGUCUAGUAAUAAAUUUAACAAACACACAAAAAGGUACAAAGUAUUAUGAACCGAAUGAUUGGAAAUCUUGUGGUAUUGAUUAUAAAUGGAUUAAAGUAGAAGGCCAUGUCACUCCUUCACAACAUCUUUUGGUGCAAUUCUGUCAUGAAGUAAAACAGUUUCUGGAUACGAAUCCAUCAAAACUUAUUGGAAUUCAUUGCACUCAUGGUCUUAAUCGUACAGGAUAUUUCGUCUGUUCAUAUAUGGUGCUGGUUUUAUCAAUACCACCAAAUGAAGCAAUCAAAAGAUUUGCUGAAGCACGGGGAUAUGAAAUUGAACGUGAAAAUUAUAUAAGCAGUAUCAAGUUACACGAUUCUAAUUCCAAUCUUAAGCAAACCGCAAAUACACUGCCUGUUUUGGUACCGAAUAAUCAACGAGCUAUUAAGAGAAGCAACCAGACUGAGAUUGAUGAUGAAAGAUAUGAUGAUCGUAAAAGAAGGAAAAUUAAUAGUGGCGCGUUUAGUAAAUCAGAUGCAGAACAUUUGCAAAGAUAUAACCAUAGAUCUUCGAGGAAUUUUCUCCCUGACACAUCUUCACCAUCAAGUAGCAGAAUCGAUUAUCGAGAAAGACGACAUUAUGAAGCACGAGAGAGAACUGACUAUAGAUCAAAUGACAUGCGGUACAGAAGAGACUAUAAUUCGUCAUCUAGACUGUCAUGGAAAAGUGAUUCUCUUAUGUCUAGAAGACAAGAUUACAACAAUAGAUCCAGAGAACCUCAUAAUCAACGCACAAGUAGACCAAGUGAACAUUCUAAUCAAGACAGCCAACGCCGGAGAAGUCGAUGGGAUAACAAUUAUAACAAUCAAUCGGAUCGUCGAUGAGAAGAAUCAAUUAGUAUAAAAUUGUUUUAUCACAAAAGGAUAAUAUUUUUUGGCAAUAAAAACAUUUUCACACGUUUGAA